AUGACAUUUGUGGGUGCCAUUAUCAUAGCAAUUAUAGGAAUAAUAGGAGUAUUAUCUGGAACGUGUAUCCACAUCCUUAAUCCAUAUGAUUUGAUCUAUAAAUGGAAAUUAAUCUUUGAAAAAGGUGGCGAAAUUUAUGAACUAUGGAGAGAUCCACCUGUAGAACUCUACCUCAGGGUUUACCUAUGGAAUAUUACGAAUAAAGACGCGUACAUGAAUGGUACUGAUGAUAAAUUAAAAAUGGUUGAAGUAGGGCCUUAUGUAUAUAGAGAGUUUAUGCUUCAUGACAAUGUCACCUUUAAUAAUAAUGGAACUUUAACAGCAAUCCCCAAGCAUCCAUUAGUGUGGGUACCAGAACUUUCGGAAGGAAGAAAAGAGGAUGAUCUGCUGAUCUUACCUAACAUUGCUCUACUGAGUAUAGCAGAUGUAGUAUCUGACAGAUCAUAUUUUACAAAAUUGGACUAAACUUGAUCAUAAGGCAGACAGACAGUUUACCUUUAGUACAAAUGACGGCGAAGGAAUUCAUGUUUGGUUAUUCCAGCAGUCUGAUGACUUUAGGAAACAACUUUUUGCCCAACUGGAUAAACUUUGAUAAACUGGGUUUAAUUGAUAGGAUGUACAAUUUCGAAGGAGAUUACGAAACAGUAUACAACGGGCAAAAGCUUGGCCUUGAGAAUAUAGGUUUAAUCGAAAAAUAUAGAGGUGAGACUAAAUUACCUCAAUGGGACAGCCCAUGCGGUGAUAUCACUGGCGCUUCGGACGGCACCAAAUUUAAAGGAUACACACAACCCAACGAUACACACUUGUUUUUCAGAAAGAGUAUGUGCAGAGCUAAAAAAUUGAUAAAAGUCAAUGAAACAGUAACGAACGGUUUAAGAGCUUAUGUUUACCACUUUGAUCCAGAAGCUGAUGAUAACGGAAGAGAACACGAAUAUAACAAAUGUUUUUGUAAAGAUCCACAAAACUGCCAGCCAAAGGGUCUUUUAGACGUUCGUGGUUGUUAUUAUGGAUUCCCGAUAGCUCUAAGUUAUCCACACUUCUUGGAUGGAAAUGAAAGCUUAUCAAAUAAUGUUAUUGGAAUGAAACCGGAUCCUAAAACACAUAAAUCCUAUUUCAUUAUUCAACCAGAUUCUGGCCUUCCACUUGAGCUGGCAGUAAGGUUCCAAAUCAACAUGCAUUUGGGAAAUAUUAGAACUAUUGCCAACUGCGAGAGAUUUGACAAUAUGGUGCUUCCCCUUUUGUGGACAGAGAAUAGGCUAUACAAGUUACCAGAGCCCCUAGCAGUUCGCUUCCGAUUGUACCUAAACGUCCUUCCUCUCGUAGAAAAAUGUAUGAUGAUAAUUCUUCUUGGAGGUGGAGUAUUAUUCUUUUUAAUUUCCUUAUAUAAAUUCGUCAGAAUAACAAAAGAAGGUCCACAUACCAAGAACCGUGGAUCGAAGACGAACUAGUCUACAACAUUGAUAGAAAAUUAAGCAGUUACAUUCCCGAGAAAUCUUCAUCGCUAACAGCAAAGGAAUUAGAAGUUUACAUGGAUAGUAUGGUUCCUCUAACAGAUGAUAUUCACAAAGAACAUGAACACAGUCAGGACGAACAUGAAAUUACUAAUGAUCAGAGUGUUCUAGUAUACGAUUAGAAGAAUUUAAGAUUCUGAUUUUACAGGUGUAAGUUUGUUCACUACACGCAUUGUGAUAAAGGCCUCCUUAGUUAUGGGUAUGUUUCAUAUACACUAAUUAUAAUAAGGAGCUAAAAUGUAAUAAUCUUCUGUAAAAUGAUGAUUGUACUAUUGCGAUUGAUAUAAUUUAGGUUGAGAAAUUUUUUUACUAAUGUGUUUUUUCUCAAUAAUCAACAAUAGGUUAAUUCAUAGUUAUAACAAACAUUUGGCAUUAAAUAUCUAAUUACUAAGUUAGUGAAAAUCUGUAGUAAAUUAUUAUGAAACUGAAAAUUGUUAAGGGGGUUAGGUAUUUUUUAAUUAAUUAUUGUUUUUAAUUAUAGGGAUUGGAAUUUUAAACCAUGUUCAAGUAAUUUAGUUAUUUAUAUACAGCCUGAAGGUAUUAUGCAGGGCAUUUUCUCAAUACUAGGGAUCAUAAAUCACUUUUUAUAAAGCACUAACCCUUUUUUGAUAUUCCGGUAUUGGCUUGGUAAUUGUAAUAGUAUACUAACCAUGGGAAAUGUACUAAUGUUGUAUUCAGUCCUAACAUAAAUAUAGGAAUACAUAAUUUAAAGGCUGAGUAAAAUUAAUACCUCAAGUGUAAUCGAGGGAACAGACUAAUCAGUUAAAAUAAUAGAACAUGUUACAUUCUUCAUAUAUGACAGGCACUAUCUAUAUUUUGAAUACAAUAAAAUAUAUAUACCCGGUAUUUAGGCCGCACACGUCCUUCCGGUAGAGAUCUAUGGAGGAGUAUCACCGAGACGCAAGCCCUUAUCUCUUGCCGUACUGCUCCACCAUAGGCCGAUUAGAUACCCGCAUAUUCUAGACUAAGCCGCAGAUUCAUUUAGAAUUUUAAACUGCUGGGGUAGCCUUUUUGUUUUCUGUUCACCGAGCUGGAGAUUGAACUGACAUCUCUCGCAUUGAAGCGAAUGAGAAGCCAGUCGCCCAGCCCGCUUGGCUAUCCGAUUGACAUGAAUACAAUAUCCUAUGAAUAUCCUAUGAAUAAAUGUCCUAUGAAUACAAUAAUAAUAAUUAAAAAAAAACAGUUGUCUGUCGUUUAAAAUGACUUUUGUUUUCUAAAUAUUCUCUUGUAUUAUUUGUUUACUUUUGCAUGCGCUGGAACCAAUUGCAAAAAGAUUUUUUGUUGUGCUUGAGGCAUAUUUAAAACAUGGAAUAUGAAGGCAUAUAAUUUUUUUUCUACCAACUAAAAUCGAUAUCUAAGCAAUUUCUUAUACGUUUUUCUACUACUAAUCGCUACUAUCUUCUUCUAAAUGUGCCUAUCUUCUAGAGAUGUUGGCGACCACAUUGACCCAUCUUAGUCUAUUCACAGCAGCUCGAAAUAGAUCAGUUGAUGUUAGACUAGUCCAUUUCCUGAGAUUAGCUAGCCAGGAUAUACGUCUGCGUCCAAAACCUCUUAUGAUCUUACGCAUGAUGUGGCCAAAUUCUUAUACGUAUAUUCAUACUUAUAAUGUGUAUAUUAAUACGUAUAAAGAUAAGUUGCAGAUAAUCUUCCUAAGGCUGCUGCAAUAUGAGUUUUUAUUUCGUAGCUGUGAUCCCAGUAUCCUUAAUGUUGCAGCCCAAAUAGCAUAUUUUUUCCAAUCUUUCUAACGGUGUAUCGUUAAUUGCCAUAUUUGUUACAUGCUUCUACAACAUUAUCCAUCAUCCUUUGGAGCCCCUGCGCACUGUCUGCCACAACACUGUAUCGCCUGCAUAUCUAACGUUUUUAAGUUGACCAUUUACAGCAAUCCCAUCUUCUGAUUCGUCCAAGGCCUCUCUAAAGAUGUUUUCAGAGUAUAUGUUAAAUAAUGCCAGUAACAAAAUGCAACUCUGUCUAAGUCCAUUUUCGACUGUGAAGAUCUCGGAGAGUUCAUUUUCUAAUCGUACUGUUGCUUUUUGUUGGAAAUAUAAGUUUGAGAUCAGUCUUAUAUCCUUACCAUCGAGUCCUGAUGAUUUUAGAAUACAGAUUAGUUUAUCAUGUGCAACUUCAUCAAAUGCCUUCUUAAAAUCAAUGAAACAUGCAUACACAUCGUAGUUGACAUCCCUUGCUCUCUAAAUUAGAACUUGCAAACUAAAAAGUGCUUCUCUUGUUCCGAGUCCUGCUCUGAAUCCAAAUUGAACUUCACUCAAGUGUUCUUCUAAUUUGUUGUAUAUGCGCGAGUGAAUGAUAGAAAGGAGUACUUUAAGUACAUGGCUCAUCAAACUAAUUAAUCCAUGUUCUUCACAUUUUCUAGCGUUGGCUUUUUUAGGGAGUGGAAUGAAUAUUGAUAGUAGCCAGUCUUUUAAUAAGUAACCAGUCUCGUAGAUAUUGUUGAAUAGCUUCGUAAGAGCUGUGAUUUGGUGUGACUCUAAUAGCUUUAAGAUUUUAGUUAUGUAGGUAAUUUUUGGCAAACUUCUUUAACAUUAUUUAUUGUAAUGUCUAUUCUUUCAUCUUGGAACAGCUGUUGUAUAAAUUUUUCCCAUUCUUCUAUUUUAUCUUUGGUGUCAAACUUCUUAAUCAUUAUUAUUUGUGUGUUUUUUGUGUUCUUUUGCAUUGCAUAAAAAUCCUCAACUCUAUGUUAACAAAUAACAGUUUUUGAUAUAUUUUUUUAUUAUUUCUAAUAGCGCGAUCAAAUUUGCCAUUAUCAGACUAUUUAUAUAUGUUGUACCACUUAUAAAAUUAAAGUUUUAUGAUGUGCAAAUGCUUUUAAUAUAAGUAUUUGUCAUAAAAUUAGCGACACGAAAUAGUUCUAAACCCAUUUACUUGACGGGCUCAGUUUUACAACAUGCAAAUUUUUCAUUUAAUUAGGGAUAAAAAAUAACCAUUUAAUUACCUUAAUUUAAUUUUUAAAUACAAAAACUGAGAUAUAAAAAUGGUUAUUUAAAAAAAACAUGAAAAAAAGACAUGAAAAAAUUUAAAAAAAAACUGAUUGUCAUAUUUUAAACAUGUGGUCUGGAAAUGACAAACGUGAUCCAGCUAUUAGAAAUACCGAAAAAAGAUAUUAAAAAUCGUUCGGUAUUUACAUGGAGUUGAGUUUUUGUGGUAAAAUGUGUAGAACAAUACCGAAAAAGUGGAUAUAUUUUAAUUUUAGGGAUGUUCCGCACAGAAAAUGGCAAAUUUAACCACUUCAU